UUUUCUUGACAAUACUAUCACUUCUUUCAUAUAAUUUUAAGCAAAAAGCAGACACGAACAUCAGUCAAAUGGCGUGUUCAUGAUAAUUUGGCCACCAGGAAGUAGAGGAUUGAAAAAAAUACAACGUGUUUUGGAAACCAUUCAAGCGAAUGGGUAGCGAAGGACUUCARUUAUUGACAAAAAUGAAACGCUUGAGUGUAAGGUCGAUGUCGAGUUUUAACUUCUUAGUCUAGUUCGUGACACUAGCCCUGCACACAAGCCGUGAUAAGUCUUCGUUGAUUUAAUUCGUCCUCAAGAUUCAACACCAUUCUGGCUUCAGAACCACUUUGGGAAAGUAGAAAUUAUAGAAUAGAAAGGCCUUGGAACAUCUAUGUAUUCUUGGCAACUAAACCCUAAGAUCACCCCUCCCUGGAUAAUGAAAUUACUAGUUGUUCUAUCCUUCUGUUUGGCUACAACCUCUGCCAGACGCGACAUUCUCCCAGUUAAAUUCGUCCACCAUAACAACACCGAAAUGGACGCCAUCUUAGACACUCUAGCGGCUAGAUUUCCAAACAUCACACGACUCUACACUAUUGGAAAAUCGUAUCAGGGUAAAAAGUUGCGCGUUUUGGAAAUCACUCAAAAUCCCGGCGAGCAUAUACCAGGGAAGCCCGAGUUUAAGUACAUUGCCAAUAUGCACGGUAACGAAGUUGUUGGUCGGGAAUUGUUACUUCUGCUAGCAGAGCAUUUGUGUGAAGGUUAUGGACGUCUUCCAGGAAUAACACAGCUUAUAAACUCGACAAGAAUUCAUUUAUUACCAAGUAUGAAUCCAGACGGCUGGGAUAGUGCGACUGAAGGAGAUUGCACAAGUGUUAUUGGCAGAUUCAACGCUAAUGGGGUCGAUUUGAACCGUAAUUUCCCGGAUGUUUAUGACAAAAGGAGGAACUCAAUUCAGCCGGAAGUCAGGGCAGUCAUGAAUUGGAUCAAAAGGGAACCUUUUGUAUUGUCUGCUAAUCUUCAUGGCGGGACGCUGGUCGCCAAUUACCCUUAUGAUAAUAUUCCAUCAGAAUUGAAGCGGUCAACAGUGCGGGUUUACUACGGAUCUCCUGACGAUGACGUGUUUGUCAAAAUCUCCAAGACGUACUCUUACGCACACCCCACUAUGUACAAAGGAAAACCUAAGUGCUCCAUAUAUAGGAAAGAACACUUUAAUGACGGAAUCACUAAUGGUGCUGCAUGGUAUCCAAUCUCUGGCGGGAUGCAGGACUACAAUUAUUACUUCACGAAUUGCUUCGAAAUAACCCUAGAACUUGGCUGCUGCAAAUUCCCUCCAGCACACUACCUAAAGGACUACUGGUUCGCAAAUCGUAAGGCCCUUCUCAACUACAUAAAUUUAGUGCAUACCACAGGAAUAAGGGGCUUCGUCAAAGAUGAAAAUGGUAAUCCAAUUGAGGGCGUUAGGAUUAUUGUUGGAGACAGAACAAAGAAAAUCGAAACAUUUAAAGAUGGUGACUUUUGGAGACUACUCGUACCUGGAAAAUAUCUCAUUAAAGGGCGGAAACGAGGCUACAAGAAAGUUAAACGAGUUGUCCAGGUAAUGAAUGGUACGAGUACAGUAGUUAACUUCACAAUGAUAGCAAAGAAUAAAAAGCCCGUAGCGUUGGACUCUGUCGUAGAUAAGUCAGAGAGCAAGGUGGCUUUAUAUGAAUCUGAAGACAAAGCAACUAAACUCAGACUGUCGGUCGACUCGGAGGGACGAAGAAACAGUGCGCAGUUCAAGGUCUGUGCUCUUUGCCUCCUUAUUUGGUCUGUGUGGCCAUUUUAGGUCAUUUGUCUAUAUUGUACAUGUUAAUGUACAGAUUGUAGAAAAAAUAUCACAUUGUACAGUUUUUACUUUGCAUAAAACACUCCUGAAAUCUGCUGGUCAGCUCAUACAAAUUCGUUUAUUUUCAUCUUUUGUAAUUAAUUUUUGUGACAAUCCUCUUCAACGCGAGUCCCUCGCGAGUUCCCUCGCGAAAGAUUUCAGUUAAUGACUAACACGGGAUCUAUGAAUUCCCUGUAUAUUUCUUUUUUUACGUAAUGUAAAUAUAAAUCAUAGUUUUUGGUUACAACAAACAAAAUGAACGCUCUUAGGUCUUACUAAUGCGCAGUAUAUACUCCCAACUGUAAAUUCUAUAACCUCAUAUUAUAUAUAUAUCUACAUAUACGAAAUGUAUACGAAAUAAAGUUAAUUUUACUCGUGA